AUGGCAGAGAAUAUAUCCGACACUGAUCUCUACACCUACCUACUACACCGCAAGCGGUCAAACGACAUAGGCCGGGACGAACGCAUUGGAGCCGUGACUUGCAUUUCAGGUCUUGUCGCCCUUCUGACUGCUCUCAGAUCUCGCAUUGAGUCGUUCUGUCGAACAUAUCCAGUCUUGUACAAUGUCUUGCACAAUAUCUCAAGAUGUUGCUAUCUGCUCUCGGACCUGCAGUCGGACCUGAAAGAUUUGCAAUUGUUCUACGGGCGAGCCAGUCUAAUUACAGCGGACUGGCUAGUCACUUCUUUUACUCACGCCAUCGGCUUUCUAGACCAGCUUGAGACGGUCAUGCGGAAACUCGCGGCAUCGUACUCUGUAUGGGACGAAAUUAGUGUCGAGAACCAUUUGGCCAAGAUCGCAGUGCUUGAUGAAAAGCUCAGCCUGCAGAGGAUGGUCUGGCAGAUGAUGGUCGACAUCCUGAGAAGUACGUCCGAGGGACCAGCGCGACUGAUCGCAUCUAGCCUCAACUAUCAGCUCGGCCAACUCACGGCUAACGACAUGGCACUGAAGCUACGGGUACGCACUAUUGAUCAACACAUCAAUCAACUCUCAGUCACGGCUUCCGCGAAGUCCUUGACACGCGGUGCGUCUCGUAUCAUGAACAAUGAAAUCCACGAGGACGAAGUCGGAGGACAGAUCAAACCACACGGUUUCGUGUUGCCUCCACCUGACUUCCUACAAGACUUUGAGCGAUCACAGAUCUACAUUGCCGAAAUCUACGACCGCUAG